AUGACCCUGGUGUCGCAAGGGAAAGGCCUGGAUCUGAAGGACUAUACAGUGUCAGCCUGUAAGGAGGGCGCUUCAUGGCUGCGAGAUUACAUUACAGCCAUCAAGUCUGGGCAGUACCAUCCCUUCACAAAGAUGGAGCGGAAGGCAAGGGAAGCCACCAGGAAUGAGCCUUGGGGCCCAACGGGGAUGAUUCUCAAUGAGCUGGCAGAGUCGUCCUUCAACCACAACGACUGCCUGGUCAUCUUCGCGGUGAUCCAGCUGCGGCUGGGCUACCCGCCGGCCAAGUGGCGCAACGUGUACAAGGCGCUGACGGUGCUGGAGUUCUUGGUGAAGCGCGGCUCCGAACGCUGCGUGGCAAUCGCGCGGAAUGAAUUGGCCAUGCGAUUGGAGGACCUGGAGGGCUUCCAGUAUGUUUCCCCCGAGGGCAGGGACCAGGGCGUCAACGUCCGCCACAGGGCGCAGGCGAUAGGGGCGCUGCUGAGGGACACGGCGCGGCUGCGGGAGGAGCGCGAAACAUUUGCGGCCAAGCGGCGCACGUACACUGGCUACAGCCGCGAAGACAUGACGCCCGCGCGCUCGGCCUCCACUGGCUACGACGGCAUCGGCGGCGGGCCGUCAUCUUUGCGCAGAUCGCGGUCGGACACGGGCGAGUCUGGCUUCUCGGCAUACGGCCACGACACGCCUUCCCCAGCAGAGGCGACGCCGCAGAGCCAGAUGCGCUCCGCGACAAGGGGCGCUGGGGAGAUGAAGGGGGUGACGAUGGAGCAGAACAAGAAGCAGCUGGCGGCGCUGCGCGUGCUGCUGGAGCAGCCGGGCAACCGCGCAUGCGCCGACUGCACGGGUGGCGGCGCGGCUGGGCGCGCCACGUGGGCCUCCAUCAACACGGGCGUCUUCAUCUGCAUGCGCUGCGCCGGCCACCACCGCGGCCUCGGCGUCCACAUCUCCAAGGUGCGGUCGUGCACGCUGGACACGUGGCUGCCGGAGCAGGUGGCCUUCAUGGCGCGCACCGGCAACGCGCGCGCCAACGCCUCGCUGGAGGCCAAGCUGGACCCUUCACAGAAGCCCUCCUACUACUCCCCCGACCUCGAAGCCUUCAUCCGCCGCAAGUACAACGGAGCCUACAGGGAGGGAGAGUGGCCGCCAGCGGACGCGCUGGAGCCGGCACCGGCGCCGGCCUCUGCUGAGUCAAUGCGCUCCACUGCAGACGGCCCCCUCACUGCAUCCUCCUCUGCUGCAAUAUCUGCUGCCGCAGCCAAGCUGGGCCCCCUGCGCAGCACCGGCAGCUUCUGGGCAUCUCAGCCAGCUGCAACGCAGGCGUCGGCAGAGGAGCACAGCUUUGGGGAGAGCGCCUUUGUUGCGGCGAGCUCCUCAGCGGCCAUCCCGGACCUGAUGGACUUUGGCUUUGACAGCGCCCUUCCGCCAGCCACUGCCAGCACAGCACAGCCAGCGCAGCCGAGCGUAACCUCAAACGCAUCUAAGCCGGCAGGAGGCGCGGCCGGACUGGGAAGCUUUGCAGAUCUGAUGGCUGCCUCUGCACAGCCAAACCUGAUCAACGAUGAUCCCUUUGCCGCCAGCAGCCGCCCUCACAGCAGCGAGCCGGAGCCCCAGCCGACCCUCAAUCAGCCAGCCCCCAAGCCUGUGCAGCCCUUGGAGCUCGGUUUCGAGCCCCGGUCUCUGCACGGCGCCUUCGACGCGGCGUCAGCCGCGGCUGACGCGGCUCCCCCGGAGGAGCACCCUUUCGGCGCGCCACCUGCGUUUCCGACGUUCCCUCCCGCGGCAGCCGGUCCCCCCGUUCCCCCCGCCAUGACUCACGAGCUGUCGUUCAAUGGCGAGCCUGCUCCCGAGUGGGACCUGCCAGCCGCGCCAGCGGCACCUGCCGUGCAGCCGCAAAUUCCCGUCGCCGUGGCACCGUCGGAUCUGAAUGCGGUCCCGACAGCCUCCGCUGCGUCGUCUGCCUUAGCGCUGGUGCCAUCAGCGCUUCGGCCAAGCACUGCAGCAGCGGCGGCGGGGCUGGGAGUGCAGGCGGCAAAGCCGGCCAGCCGGGCAGGCAGUGCAAGGGCGGGCGACCCAACAGGCUUUGUGCUGGAGGAUCUGCUCGCGCAUGCUGUGGAGAGCAUGCGUAUCAAGAAUGCCGCCAAGACCAGCCUCGCCGGCCGGCCUCCAACACAGGCUCCCUCCCUGAUUGAACAGAAGCAGGCGAGGCAAAUUGCACCGGCCGGCAGGUAG